AUGACAUACAACGUGAUUGUUCUCUAUCCCAAUAACGACGACUCCAAGUUCGACCUGAAGUACUACCUCGACACGCACAUGCCUCUUGUCCAGUCUUCAUGGAAAACCGACGGCCUUGAGUCAUGGAAGGUCAACGAGUUCAAGCCCGGCCCAGAUGGAUCGAAGCCUCAAUACUCCAUCGGCGCCACCCUGACCUUCACAUCCCAGGACCAUGCAGGAAAGGCAAUGACUGGCGAGAAGGCACCUAAGAUCUUCGGUGAUAUCCCGAAUUUCACCAACUCGCAGCCGAUUCUUAUUGCCGGUGAGCAGGUUGGUUCCAGUUGA